AUGCCAGCUAAAAUGGAAAGCAUAUUAAUGGUCAUAGCAGCUGGAGAAUUUACAAUGGGCGUGUUAGCGAAUACGUUCAUUGCACUGGUUAACUGCAUGGACUGGAUCAAGAGCAAGAAGAUUGCCUCCAUUGAUUUAAUCCUCACAAGUCUGGCCAUAUCCAGAAUUUGUCUCCUGUGCGUAAUACUACUAGAUUGCUUUAUAUUGGUCCUGUGCCCAGAGGUCUACACCAGUGGAAAACAAAUGAAAAUCAUUGACUUCUUCUGGACAGUAAACAACCAUUUAAGUGUCUGGUUUGCAACCUGUCUAAGCAUUUGCUAUUUCCUCAAGAUAGCUAAUUUUUUCCAUCCCCUAUUCCUCUGGAUGAAGUGGAGGAUUGACAGGGUGAUUCUCUGGAUCCUGCUGGGGUGCUUGGCCUUCUCUGUGUUGAUUAGCCUCCCAGUCACUGAGAAUUUGAAUGAUGAUUUCAGGCUCUGCGUCAAGGCAAAACAGAAAAUGAACCUAACUUUGAGAUGCAGAGUAAGUAAAGCUCAAUAUGCUUCCACCAAGGUUCUUCUCAACCUGUUAACCCUCCUCCCCUUUUCUGUGUCCCUGAUCUCAUUUCUCCUCUUGAUCCUCUCUCUGUGGAGACACACCAGGCAGAUGCAGCUACAUGGCAUAGGGUACAGAGACCCUAGCACAGCUGCCCAUGUGGAAGCCAUGAAAGCCGUCAUCUCCUUCCUCUUCCUCUUUGUUGCCUACUAUCUGGCCUUUCUGGUAGCCACUUCCAGCUACUUCAUGCCAGAGACUGAAUUAGCUGUGCUAUGGGGUGAGUUGAUAGCUCUAAUCUAUCCCUCCAGUCAUUCAUUUAUUCUAAUUCUGAGGAACAAUAAAUUGAGACAAGCAUCUUUAAGAGUGUUGUGGAAACUGAAGUUUAUCCUAAAAAGAAGAAAAUUCUGA